GACAGCUCACUUUCCUUUCCUUCCUUACAGCCAAGCUAACAGCUCUUUUCAUACUUAUUCUGACCGUCAUGUCUUACGUCAUCUUUGGCCGUGCCAUUAAAACCGAAUACCUGACCCUUGGUACGCUCUUCACCACGGCCGCGGUUGCAUACGGCGCGCUGGGCGGAAAGAAAGAGAUACCAUCCGCACCAAAGUCCAUAGCGGAGAGAGUAAAGGAGUCCGUCCCAAUCAAAGCUGGCUCAAGUGAAGAAGAGGAAUUGAUGAACAGCAUCAAAAAUUUCAUUGCAGAGGCCGAGAAGGAGGCCAGCCAUUAGUUUCGGAGUUUACAGAGGUGUUGGGAUGUUAUACUUGUAGACUUGGACUGCUGGCUACACAUGAAAUAGAAAAGGAUUCCCUUUA